ACUUGGGGGAGGAAAGGUGAGAUUUGACAGACGCCAGUCAGUUGAGAGCUCAGUGCCCGGCCGUCCACCUGACGAGAAUGGAGUCAGCCGUGUCAGCUGUGUCAGUCCUUGUCAACAACGUGUCGAGCCUCGUUAGUCAUAACGUGUCCAAUUUCAACGAAAGCCGAGUAGCAGGUCGAGCGGCCGCCAUCAUCACAGCGAACGACGUUGCGUCCAACACGAUCAUGGAAUUCAACGCGGCACUCAUGGCCGACUUUCGCCACGUGGAGAGGACACUGUUCGCCCUGCAACGCAAUCUGGAUGAUUUUUACUUUGUCAUUCUCACCGUCAUCACCUUUGCCAUGCAGUGUGGAUUCGCCUUUAUGGAAGUGGGGCUCGUCAGGACCAAAAAUACGACCAACAUUCUGCUCAAGAGCACCAUUGACGCUUUUGUAGGAUGUUUGUCUUAUUGGCUGUUUGGGUACGCGAUAGCCUGGAGCCAGGGCAAUUCGUUCGUCGGCUGGAAUCACUGGGCCUUUGCCAAUUUAGCACCUGAAAAGUAUUCCGAGGCUUUUUAUCAAAUGAUUUUUACCAACACGGCGGCCACGAUCGUUAGCGGAGCCGUUGCCGAGCGUCUCAAUUUGCCCUGCUACUUUGUCUACGGUUUCCUACUCUCAGGAUUUGCUUAUCCUGCUUUAAGUCGAUGGGGUUGGCACGAUGGUGGGUGGCUCAAGUUGAUGGGCUUCAGGGACUUUGGUGGGUCCGGAUUGGUCCACAUGUUUUCUGGAACUUGUGCCCUAGUGGCGUCUACCAUUAUUGGACCCAGGGCCGGCCGUUUCGACCCCCCGAGAGAAGGAGAACCCUCACACGGCCAGCACAUUCCUGGCCAUUCUUUGCCGUUUGUCGGUCUGGGGGCUCUGCUGUUGAUUUUCGGCUUUUUGGGGUUCAACGCGGCGUCGCAAUUGUCGCUGAGUAAACCUGGCGACGGAAUCAUCAUCACCUAUGCCACUUUGAACACUUUGCUGGGCGCCAGCGGCGGUGCGCUCACCGCUCUUUUCCUCAACCGAUUUUUACCUUUCUGGGGUAAUUAUUGGAGUUACCUGACGAUGGUCAACGGUUCGGUCGCCGGCAUGGCCGCCGUUUGCGCCGGUUGCGAUUCACUGGCACCGUGGGCGGCCGUCUUGACUGGAAUUCUGGGUGGAGCGGCUUUCAUGGCCGGUCGAUCGAUGCUGGAAAAAUUGGAAGUGGACGAUCCUGUCGAUGGAUUUCCCAUCCAUUUUUGCGGCGGACUGGCCGGCUUGCUCUCUGCUCCAUUUCUCAUUCGCGAGGGAAUCUUUUUCAAGCAGGAUGCUCACUCAGCUGUGGGAUUUGGGUGCAGUUUGCUGGGCUCUGUCGUCAUUAUUUGCUGGGCAGUUAUUUGGUGUUACCCAAUUUUCAGCAUUCUGAAAUGCCUGGGCAUUUUGCGAGUUCCACUAGAAAUGGAACUGGCCGGAAUGGACGCUGUCAAGCACAACGAAUUGGCCUAUCCGGCGUCUGCAUGGAAGGAGGAGUCACACGCUUUGCUGGACAACAAGAUCCUGGGCAAUAAUUGGAUGCCCAGAGAAACCAAGGGCCUCUCUUCGCUAUCCAACAAUUUGACUCUGAGACGACGAGACUCUCACGUAAUUGAUUCCACCUGCCCGUCUUCUUGCACGACGCCCACAUCGGAGCCGGCCUCUUUGCUGUCCGUCAGCACGUUGAAUCUAGGCGAAAACAACGCCGGACUGGACGUCUCUGUCAAAGUUUCCACCAUCAAACGGUCGACAGCUCUUUGAUGAAAUUAUCUAAAAGGUUUUUUUUUCUCUAUUUUAACGAAAUUAAGUUAAAAGAAAAUGUUUUAUAAAUCAGUGACGUGUCGGCGUUCGCCUACUUUUUAAAAAGAGAGCUCAAAUUAGCAUAUCCAUUCAAUUUUCUUUUAAUAUAUUUUAAAAUUUUGUCUGCGCUUGGAAAGAAUAAACUGGACACCAUUUUUCGACGA